GGGCGGCGACGCGCCCCGGGCCUUGUUGGCCGCCCCGCGCGGCUCUUCGUCUUCGUCGUCGCCGCCGCCGCCCGCCAGGCCCUGGUCUUCAGCUUCGUCAGGAGAGCGGCCCGGAGGCCCGAGACGGCGGCGGCCGCGUCCCAGGCCUCGGCCCCCGCGACCCCGAGCUCGGAAGCGGCCUGCCGGCUCGGGCAGCCGCGGGGAGGAAGAGGAGGAGGAAGAGGAGGGGGGCGCAGACGACGGAGAGGCCGAGGAGGAGCCUGAGGAGGAGGAAGAAGAGGAGGAGGACUUGAUCGAUGGCUUCGCCAUCGCAAGCUUUGCCAGCCUCGAGGCCUUGCAGGAUGCAUCUCUUCAGCCCCCAGAGCGACUGGAACAUCGGCUGAAGCAUUCUGGGAAGCGGAAAAGGGGGGGCUCCAGUGGGGCUACUGGGGAGCCAGGGGAUAGCUCUGAUCGAGAACCUGGCCGGCCUUCUGGGGAUCGGGCCCGAAAGUGGCCCAACAAGCGGAGAAGGAAAGAGGCCUCCUCCCGUCAUUCUCUGGAAGCUGGAUACAUAUGUGAUGCGGAAAGUGAUCUGGACGAGAGGGUCUCCGACGAUGACCUCGACCCAUCCUUUACUGUCUCAACCAGCAAAGCCUCGGGCCCCCACGGCGCCUUCAAUGGGAACUGUGAAGCAAAACUCUCCGUAGUCCCUAAAGUGUCGGGCCUGGAGCGGAGCCAGGAACAGCCCCCAGGGCCCGACCCGCUGCUAGUGCCUUUCCCCCCGAAGGAACCACCGCCUCCACCGGCCCCUCGGCCUCCUGUCUCACCCCCUGCUCCCCUGCCGGCCGCCCCCAGUCUGCCACCCCCACCCCAGCCCCAGCUGCAGCUUCGGGUCUCGCCCUUCGGCCUCCGCACUUCUCCCUAUGGCAGCAGCCUGGACCUCAGCACUGGCAGCUCUUCACGGCCGCCCCCCAAGGCCCCGGCCCCUCCCGUGGCUCAGCCUCCCCCCUCAUCAUCCUCUUCGUCCUCUUCCUCCUCAUCUGCCUCCUCCUCGUCCGCGCAGCUCACCCACCGGCCCCCGACGCCCUCACUGCCCUUGCCUUUGUCCACCCACAGCUUCCCCCCUCCUGGGCUGCGGCCCCCCCCACCACCCCACCACCCCUCCUUGUUCUCCCCUGGCCCCACUCUGCCCCCACCCCCACCCCUGCUGCAGGUGCCAGGGCACCCUGGGGCCUCAGCCGCUAACGCCCUUUCUGAGCAGGACCUGAUCGGCCAGGACCUGAACUCUCGCUACCUGAAUGCCCAGGGUGGCCCCGAGGUGGUGGGGGCAGGGGGCUCAGCCCGGCCCCUGGCCUUCCAGUUCCACCAGCACAACCACCAGCACCAGCACACCCACCAGCACACCCACCAGCACUUCACCCCUUAUCCCCCGGGCCUGCUGCCACCCCAUGGCCCCCACAUGUUUGAGAAAUAUCCAGGAAAGAUGGAAGGCCUUUUCCGGCAUAAUCCGUACACGGCCUUCCCUUCCGCAGUGCCCGGCCUACCUCCGGGCCUCCCGCCGGCUGUCUCCUUUGGCUCCCUGCAGGGGGCCUUCCAGCCCAAGAGCACGAACCCCGAGCUGCCACCACGACUGGGGCCAGUGCCGAGCGGGCUUCCCCAAAAGGGGACACAGAUCCCCGACCAUUUCCGGCCACCUUUGAGGAAACCAGGGAAGUGGUGUGCCAUGCACGUGCGCGUGGCUUACAUGAUCCUGAGACACCAGGAAAAGAUGAAGGGCGACUCCCACAAGCUUGACUUUCGGAACGACCUCCUGCCCUGCCUUCCGGGGCCCUAUGGGGCCCUGCCCCCUGGGCAGGAGCUCUCCCACCCGGCCGCCUCCCUCUUCACUGCGACUGGUGCCGUCCACGCUGCAGCCAACCCUUUCACGGCAGCUCCCGGGGCCCACGGACCCUUUCUGAGCCCCAGCACCCACAUUGAUCCCUUUGGGCGUCCCACAAGUUUCGCCUCCUUGGCUGCCCUCUCCAACGGGGCCUUUGGAGGCCUGGGCAGCCCCACAUUCAACUCCGGCGCCGUCUUUGCCCAGAAAGAAAGCCCAGGGGCUCCACCAGCCUUCGCCUCCCCCCCAGACCCAUGGGGCCGCCUGCACCGCAGUCCUCUGGCCUUUCCUGCCUGGGUCCGGCCCCCUGAGGCUGCCCGGACGCCAGGCUCAGACAAGGAGCGGCCUGUGGAGCGGAGGGAGCCCUCUAUCACCAAGGAGGAGAAAGACAGGGACCUCCCCUUCUCACGGCCCCAGCUCCGAGUUUCUCCUGCUACUCCCAAGGCCCGGGCUGGCGAAGAAGGGGCCAGGCCAGCCAAGGAGUCGGUGCGGGUAAAGGAAGAGCGGAAGGAGGAGGCCGCCGCCGCCGCCGCUGCCGCCGCCGCCGCCGCCGCCGCCGCCGCCGCCGCUGCCGCUGCCACCACUGGGCCUCAGGGUCUUCACCUGCUGUUUGAGAGGCCCCGGCCACCCCCCUUUCUGGGCCCUAGUCCUCCAGAGCGCUGUGCUGGCUUCCUGGAGCCAACCUGGUUGGCAGGGCCCCCUCGCCUUGCUAGGCCACCCCGCUUCUAUGAGGCGGGUGAGGAGCUGACUGGACCAGGGGCUGUGGCUGCUGCCCGCCUCUAUGGUCUAGAGCCUGCCCAUCCCCUCCUCUACAGCCGCUUGGCUCCUCCGCCGCCACCCACUGCGGCCCCGGGAACCCCUCACCUUCUCAGCAAGACCCCACCAGGAGCCCUUUUGGGGGCACCACCUCCACUUGUGCCCGCCCCCCGGCCUAGUUCCCCACCUAGGGCCCCUGGCCCAGCCCGGGCUGAUAGGUGAGGGAAGGGGAGGGGCAGGGGCAAAGCUCCAUCCCCCUUUCCUUUUGACAAGGUCCUAGAGCUGAGGUUUCAAGCCAGGACUGGAGGGCAAAGGUCAUGACCUCACUAGCCACCUCUGAGGUCAUGGAACCUGGGAGCAGAAGCCCCAACCCCCCCGAGAUCAAGCAUCAUAUGGAUUUUGGGGUCCUUGGGAGGGCAGAGGUCACAAGCCUCUAGAGAGAGGGGUGUGCGUGUGUGUGGGUGUGUGUGUGGGUGUGUGUACGUACAUGAGAGUGGGGGUUAUUUCAGAGGUCAUAGCUCAUGAUCUUCUGAGGUGUACCAUCGCCCCCUCUGAGGGCCCCUAGGCCCUUGGCCUGCCUCCCCAAGGGCUCACUAAGCCAGAGGCCAAAGUGCCCCCCUCCCCUUCACCUACCACCCAAGUCCUCAUGCCCUCUCAGGGCUGGAGGAGGAGGGGCUAAAGGAAGGGGGGUUCCAUGUACAUAUUUAUCUCCCCUUCCACGUAGCCCUCAGACCUUUUGUACAUUUUUACAGGGGUGUCCCUCCCAAUAAUCCCCCUUCCUGGUUAAUUAAAUCCUCAGACUGGUGCUGUGUUCCUAGCCUCUGGCCUCUCUGUGGGGGGAGGGGGAAUUGCAGGGGUAAGAGCUAGAAGGGGACAGGCAGGAACCCAGGGCUAUCCCUGGGAAUAUGGAGUCCAGCAGGAGGCAGACCAACAGAGGAAGGGACCUGGGUACUAGGCUGGAAAGAAGGGCAAAUGCUCCCUGCUUGGCUGACAGCCCAGGGUCCCCUUACUUGUUCCUGUUACCUCUGUGUGCCCCCAUCCCCAAAAGGCUCAACCUCUAAGCUUCAGACUCCAACUCUUAGUGGCUCAGUCCCCCCAACUGUUUCCAAGUGCCCCCAGGACUCCUGGGCCCUGCUCUCCAGAACCCUGUUCCCCAGAACCCUGCCCCAGGCUAAGGAGGGGCCAGAGAAGGUCACCAUGUACCACACACCAAAGAAGGGGGUCGGCCCAGGGGUGGGCCACACAGGCAGCUUCUUCAGCAGCCUCUCGGCAGCAACCCCAGCCUUCCCAAAGCAGCAGGCGCCCCCAGGCUGGGGCCCAACCUAGAAGGCAGGGGUCAGUUUAACAAAAACAUAACGUUGACUUUUUUCCCCAGUGGGACUUAUUCUGUAACAUGACUUGCGGAUAUUUAUAUAAAAAUGAGUGUUACAAUGAG